AAAGACUGGUUCUAAAAAAAAUAAAAAAGUCUUUGCCGAGAGCCUGGUUGGCUGGCUCUCGGCAAAGACGACGUUAACAUUGACGUUCUUCGACGGCGCCGUGGGCUUUGCCGAGGGCUUUUGGGCCUUUGCCGAGGGUUUCCGACUCUCGGCAAAGAAGGCAAAUCCAGUAGUGCCAGGAAGUGCAUUAUUGGCUACCAACAAGAUCCAGACAAAGUUUUUUUUUUUUUUAAAAAAAAAAAACAAGAUCCAGGCAAAGGGUAUUUGGUCAGGAGGAAUGUGGACUGGAUUUGCCGGCACACGAAAAUGAGGACGGCGGAGGCAGCGGCGAGCCCCUGACGGAACUCGGACCUCAGGCAGAAACACUUGGAUCGGGCACUGAAGACCAAACGAACGGAAUCGUAGAUGAGAUGCAUUUGGGCUGAACACAGAGCACAAGGUGAGUUUGGACGGGUCAGGCCCAAGUGGGACUCAGGAGAAAAAUAAUUAAUAAACUAUUUAGUUCAUUAGCUUGAUUGCUUUGAGAUCAGUGCAAUUUUUAGAAAAGAGGAGUACCGGAGCAGUUCUUCUACAAUAUAUUGUGCACAUUCAUAUUUUUCAAAUUUGUGUCAGCAACACAAAGGCCCUAUGAAUUGCGAAUCACCAAUACUCUGUUAGAGUAUUUGUUAUAUGCCAAAUAACAUUUAUUACUCCAUCAUCAUUCCAUUAGUGUGUUAGAGGACAAUGAGGAGUUUGUAGCCAAACCGCCCUUCUAUUUUCCUUUAACACAACCAUAGGAUAAAAAUAGGCUUGAGUGAUUGCAUUAUUAUAAUCAUAAAUUAUAUGAACUGAAAUUUAAUUUCUUUUUCUGAAUUCUAGUAUUACACUCCAUGCAGUGUAGGUGUGUGCGCAUAGUGCAUACUCUAGCUGGACUGAUUGCAAAUAAUUGUGUUGAACCAAUGAAACUAAGUAGUAUAUGACUACACAGUUUACUUAUUCUCUCAUAGGUUGGAAAAUUCGGUGGAUUUCACUAGGUUUGUCCAAAACAAGACAAAACUGUUCUUUUCAUGAAAGAAAGGAUUUACAAAGAUAAAGCUGGACUUAAAGAUUUUGGUUGUGGAGGCUUCUUGACAAUCGGUGCAAGUGGCCAGGGACAUUUUUCGUGGUACAUGGCUGGCCCCAUCUACUCUACAGAUUGAUAUCUACUAGAGUGUGUCAUUUUGUUGUUUUGUUGGCUGUAUAUAUACUUCUUGUUAGACACUGUAUCAACUCGAUGUGUUGUCCUUGGAGUUUUUAAUAAAAUCUUCCAUUUCAAAAAAAAUGUUUAGCAAUCACGUGCCUUUUGUUGGAUUCUAAUUCUGAUAUUAGUGAAAAACUGAAGGCACCGGAGACAGGGGGGCAGGGUCCCCCCUAACGUUGCACAAAUUUUCAUUAGUACAUCUCAUUAUUUCACAUUAGUUACUGGAAAUUAAGUAAAGAAACCUUCCCUGCCAAUUCUAAAUUGCUUUUCUCAAAUAAAGUAAAUACGAUGUGUUUAGUUUACCUAUGAACAACCUUUUUAUCUUGAAUAUAUAUAGACAUUUAGCAUUUUUUAAAGAAUAAAAAGAUUAAAACAUCUCUAAGAGUAGGUGUAGUUUACUUACUAAAAUAAUAGAUCUAUCUAGCAAGUUAGUAUAUAGAAGAAACAGUAACCAUCAAUUAUAACUCCUAAAAGAUUUUGCACUGGGAACCCAAAACUAUUUCUAAUGAACCAAACCUUUUUAGUAGUUUUUUUGCUUCUUACUAUUUUCUCAUCUAAAAUUAUUUACUUACACGUUGUUUUCUCAUCUCUGGAAGCACAUACGGAGUUUCUCUCAACUGCAGAAACUUACGAGUUGAAGAGGAUAUUUGGCAACUUUUUAGUUUUAAAGAGCUCUUUAUACUGAAUAGUUGGAGGGCACUUUUUCCCCUUUUAGCUAAAAAUAAAAAAUAUAGUGAGUUGUUUUACAGAAGUUAGAUGUUCUAAAGAUGAUUUGUUAUUAUUUUUUAAGCUAACAUCAAAAUCGAUAAUUUUUAAACCUACAUCAAAAUUUGAUAAUAACAUCAUAUAUUUUUUGUGGACACUCGGUGACUCCCCCCCCCCCAAACCCCAUAUCUAAGUCCUGGCUCUGCCCCUGGGCACCAGCAGCAAUAUAGGCUUUGAAUGAUCCGUUUGUUAUUGAUAUUUAUUUAACAUUUACUACCAAGCGACAUUUCAGAGUUACUAUCUUAUUCAUAUGCAUAAUAAUCUCGAGACAUGUUCUGAUAUGAGAAAUAGAUCAACAUUUACUAUUUGUUUUAUGGAUAAUUACUCACGUAUAUGGUGGUUAUAAGUGCAUGGGGAAUCAGAUUGUAGCUUCCCAUGCCUUGUGUAGUGGUCUCUCAAACCUCUUUUCUAUAUAUAAAACAGCAGGCAAGGGAGCAGAAACCAGUAGUGUUUCUAAUACUCUAGAUGCUCUGAUGUAGUAGUGACCUAGCUUGCUGGGGAAUUAUGUUUAGGAGUAGGAAGCAUCAGGAGCAGCUGCAUUACUUUGGCACCUCUGCUCUCCAAGAGAGAAACAUCCCGUGUGUGCUUCGAUGAGAUCACAAGAGCCACAAGCUCUCCUGUACUUGCAGCGAAAUGUGGUGGAUGGAUCAGUGCAUGCCCAUCGCAGCGUCAGGGUGGCCAUGCGUGUGGGUCACUUGGUGCAUGCACUCUGCGGUGGAUCAUUCGCACUCGAAGAGGCUGCCAAAUUGGUCUGGAUAUAUAGUGGAACGGGACUGUGGAUAAUCAAGCCCUGUUACCAUUCCGGUGCAGCUCAUGUGCUGCAGCAAAAAGCAGUGAACAGACUAUACAGAUGUAAAUAGCACGAUACUGGGAACAUUUAUAUAGAAUUACAACUGCUGGCUGUGGGCAGAACUUAUUCACCAGUUCUAUCCUGUAAAGGAACAUCAUCUGCUCUCAGCUACCGAGACCUAGCUACUCAAGGAGUUCAACUCAAAAGCCCAAGUAAUUUGGGGGCAUACUGCUCUGUUCAGAAAAAUCUAUUUAAAACAAAAAUUGGGGCAUGGUAUACAAGAAUUGAGAUUUUUCUAACAGAAUCAUGUGGCUCUGUCUGCUAAGGUAUCAUGUGCCAACCUGUGUGAGGAAGAUGCAGACAUGAAACUCUUAAGCCUAAUAGUGGCAGUUUCUUCGUAGCCUCAUUUUCUUUUAAUAGGUUGUAACACAAUUAUUUUUUAAAAUAUGUAACAACGUUUUUAAGAUGUGUGACACCACCCUCCUCUCCCCUGUGUCUCACCGCUGCCCAAGCGGUCGCCAGACACACCCGAGCAACAGCGAGGAAGGCGGUGAACGUUGGUGGCUCCUCCUACGGCUGUCCAGGAUCAAGGAUCAUUCAUUUUACUUUCCACAUUGUUCUCUGAAAUAAAGCAAAUGCUGCUCCUAUUUACCAGCACAGUUGGCCUGCUACCACACACCCAUCAAGCCAUCACCCAAGGAAAUUGUGAAAGAUCUGGCCUCUGCACGUAUAUUGUACGUGUGAGCCCUCCUCCAAGUAUUUCCAUGGAUAUGAGCCCCACGAACCUUGAAAGCUGGUAUAGAUCAUUCCUCCCCCCGCAUAUGGAAAGAUCGCCUCGAUCAGCAUCACCAUUCAUUCACACCUAUAAAGAAGCCAUUUUCGGUUUCGCUAUAGACCUCACAAAUGAUGAGGCAGAGUAUGUCAAGAGCAAAGAUGGGGUCCUUAUGAUGUACAAAGACACCCUUCUUCCGCUCUUGACAACCCACACACCUGAUUUCCUAAGCCUUCGACCAAAUGGAGGGGCUUGGGAUAGCUUAGGCAUGGGCGAGGGAAGCAUCAUUGGUCUCCUAGAUACGGGGAUAGAUUAUGCACACAGCUCUUUCGGUGACGACGGCAUGUCCACGCCUCCUUCUAAAUGGCGUGGAUCCUGCCACUUUGACAGUGGUCACUGCAACAAGAAGCUUAUUGGCGCAAGGUCAUUGAUUGGUGGCCCAAAUAAUACUGAGGUUCCAUUGGAUGAUGUUGGCCAUGGAACACACACUGCUAGCACGGCCGCUGGCAUGUUCGUGCAAGGUGCAAGUGUGCUUGGUAGCGGCAAUGGUACUGCAGCUGGCAUGGCCCCUCGUGCACACCUAGCCAUGUACAAGGUGUGCAGCGAGCAGGGCUGCUAUGGGUCAGACAUUCUUGCCGGACUUGAUGCUGCUAUCGCCGAUGGUGUUGAUAUCUUGUCCAUAUCACUCGGCGGUCGUCCACAGCCCUUCCAUGAAGAUAUUAUUGCCAUUGGAACCUUUUCUGCUAUGAAGAAAGGCAUAUUUGUGAGUUGUUCUGCUGGAAAUUCUGGUCCUCUGACUGGCACACUAAGCAAUGAAGAGCCAUGGGUCUUGACAGUAGGUGCCAGCACAAUGGACCGGCAAAUGGAAGCCAUUGUGAAGCUUGGCGAUGGGCGCGCCUUUGUUGGUGAGUCGGCCUACCAACCAUCUAGUCUUGGCCCUUUGCCCCUGAUGUUUCAAUCUGCUGGAAACAUCACGGGGAAUGUUGUUGCUUGUGAGCUUGAAGGCUCUGAGAUCGAAAUUGGACAAUCUGUCAAGGAUGGCGGUGGUGCUGGGGUGAUAUUACUGGGAGCUGAGGAUGGUGGCCACACAACUAUUGCUGCAGCUCAUGUCCUACCAGCAUCAUUUCUGAACUCUCAAGAUGCUGCUGCCGUCAGAGAGUACAUCAAGACAUCCAGCAAGCCGACUGCCUCCAUCAUUUUCAAUGGCACGUCACUGGGAACCACUCCAGCUCCUGUGGUUGCUUACUUCUCGUCUAGGGGGCCAAGUACUGCAAGCCCUGGCAUUCUGAAGCCAGACGUCAUUGGACCCGGUGUGAAUGUCAUUGCAGCAUGGCCGUUCAAAGUCGGACCAAAUACUGCCGGUGCCGGCCCUGAACAUGAUACAACUUUCAACUCCAUCUCUGGAACAUCAAUGUCUGCACCUCACCUUAGUGGUAUUGCAGCUAUUCUCAAGAGUGCACAUCCAGAUUGGUCACCUGCGGUGAUCAAGUCGGCAAUCAUGACGACAGCCUAUGUCGCGUAUGGUAACAGCCAGCCAAUCCUUGAUGAGAAACUCAAUCCAGCGAGUCAUUUCAGUAUUGGGGCCGGACAUGUUAACCCUGCCCAAGCUAUCAGCCCAGGCUUAGUGUACGAUACCGACGUGGAGCAGUACAUCAUGUAUCUCUGUGGCCUAGGCUACACAGAUUCUCAGGUGGAGACAAUCACGGAUCAGAAGGAUGCUUGUAACAAAGGAAGAAAACUAGCUGAAGCAGAGCUGAACUACCCUUCGAUUGCAACAAGGGCGAGUGCAGGAAAACUUGUCGUGAAUCGGACAGUUACAAAUGUUGGAGAUGCAAUGUCGUCUUACACCAUUGAGAUUGACAUGCCAAAGGAAGUUGAGGCCACAGUGUCACCAACAAAGCUAGAGUUCACCAAGCUCAAGGAGAACAAAACGUUUACUGUAAGCUUAAGCUGGAAUGCUAGCAAAACUAAGCAUGCACAGGGAAGUUUCAAGUGGGUCUCUAGCAAGCAUGUGGUCAGGAGCCCCAUUGUAAUAUUCUAAUGUAAGAUCAUCAAGGGAGGACUAGCUUGCGUGAUGAGAAUCUGCUACUUGUUAUAAUAACAACUUAUCAGUCCAUCCUGAAAUAUCUGUAUUAUUCCUCUAUGCUCUGCUUCAAUCACAUAAUAUUGUGCAUCUGGUUGCUUGUAACAGCACACUGAAUAAUAAUAAUUGUUUAAAAAUUGAUGUCUCAGUGAACACAAAAUUGAUGUUAAAAUAUUCCGGAGAACUAAUACAUCUCUAACGGACCAACUGGCAUCUACCGCAUUGAGGAGCGAAAUUAAGAGUUAGGCCGUGUGGACGGUGGUCCUAGUCAAAGCAAAGAAAAAACUAUAGCAUUCAUUGCUCCUUUGACCAUCAACCUUCUUGUUGGUAGUGAGCAAGACUAAUAAUUUAGCCAACAGGUACUAGCUACCCAUUCAUUGCCCCCUUUGACCACCAACCUUCUCGUUGGUAGCAAGCAAGGCUAAUAAUUUAGCCGGCUCCUAGCUAUAAUUCCAUUCAUUGCUCUU